AUGUGGAUGAUCUCUGUGAAUUUCCACCUGCAAUUCAGGCGGUUCAACGUCCCUAGCGAGGUCAACGUCGGAUACGCCGUUCUAUCGCAUGUCUGGCGACCAUCCGAGCAAUCUUUCGAGGAAGCCUUUGGCUUAGCCCAAGAGCUUACGGCGGUCUACGACGACCGCGUGAGUGCCAAGGUCCAGGGAUGCCAUCGUCUUGCCGAAGCCUACAAGCUCCCCUGGUUCUGGGUCGACACUCCCUGUAUUGACUCCAGGAACAGCGCGGAAGUCUCGGAGGCCAUCACUUGCAUGUACGACUGGUACGCCCAUGCGUCGAUCUGCUUCGCAUAUCUCCCCGAUGUGCCCCCAAACGAUACCAUUCGCGCCCCCAACUCCGCUUUCCGGCGUAGCAUCUACUUCAAACGAGGGUGGACCUUGCAGGAGCUCAUUGCGCCACGUCGUGUUGUCUUCCUUGCCGAGGAUUGGACCCCCAUCGGAGAGAAGCACGAGUUCGCGGACGUCCUGGAGGAGAUCACGGGCAUUGACAAAGGCAUCCUCACCUUCGACAUUACCCUUGAAGACGUCAGUGUCGCCCGCCGCCUUUCCUGGGCAUCCAACCGCCAGACCACCCGUGUGGAGGACAAGGCGUACUGCCUGCUGGGCCUCUUCGACAUACAAAUGCCCUUGAUAUACGGCGAGGGAGACAAUGCCUUCGUGCGGCUGCAGCAAACCAUCCUUGCAAGAAUCCAUGAUCACUCCCUCUUGGCCUGGAGUGCUUCAGAGGAUUCAUCGACCGGUGGUGAUGGUCAAGACUCGCUAUGCACAUCCCUAUCGACUGCGGUCUUCCCGAAAUCCCCUGCCGCGUUCGCAUCGGCCUCUCGCAUGAUUCCAGUGGAUACGCAAUCUUUCCUCACUGCUGUGAUGUCACUUUGUGUUGGGUCAUAUGAGGAUCAUAAGCUCUUGCCACGCAUAGGUCCAGUCGAUCCCCACGGUCUCAAAUGCCGCUUACCCGUCCUCUUCAACGGAGCCGAUCCUUUGGCCGCGCUUCUCGCUUGUCGGGAAGAUGACCAUAAGACAUCGACGACCUAUAUUGCGCUCGCGCUAGCGCACUGCGCGGGCCGAGAUGGACCAGGUGUUUACCGUGUCGGAGGACACCGCACCAUAGAGGACGCUGCUCACACUCGUCGGCAAACCUGUAGGCUGCUUCGCGUCAAUCUAGACCUUAUCGACCCUCCGCUUUCCGGCAUACCGAGGAUCUUCAAGCGCCCGGCCUUCCACGUCCGCUUCAUGAGCUUCCACAUUACGAACGACUAUCGCGUCACGGACCUGAUCCGCAGCUCCUGUAUGUCUAUCCCCCGCUGGCUCCCCUUCAAGUUCUGCAUCCCUCGACCGCCGCCAUCCUGCGCCCGCGCCCACACCCACAUCCAGCCUCCGGCCGUCCCCGUUAUAGACUCAUAG